AUGUCCAGAACCUUUUUUUUGCUGGCCGAUGAGUCAAUAUCGACUCCAAAGAAGUCGAAUACCAAAGCUGAACCAUGUAAACCUUGCAAUCGUAAGGAGAUCUCAAUUAGUGAACCGAACAAUGUUAAACCAGCUACAGUUACUGCACAAACUUCUCAAAAAGCAGAUACAAGUGGUGUGCAAAAGGCUGAGAUUUUGAUUCGUUUUCCUAAGGGGGAUAAGAGGGAACACGGCUUCUUGUGCACAGACAAGGCACUUCUUCUUCUCAUGACCUUCUCCCCCCACAACUUCCUUCCUAUAAUCCUCGAGAUUACAUUCAGCCACAUCCAAAAGCAUGUACGCAAUCCACGUGUCCUUUUCUACCGCCGUUUGCAAGUGCACCACCUGAAGAUGGCGACGCUCCUCGUUAUAAACCACAUCGUUCUCCAUAAAACGCCGUACUUCGUACCUGAAAUCCCGAGCGAACGAUGA